ACGCCAUCCGCCUCCCCGCGGUAAUUUUCGGCUGGAAGAAUCGCAGAUAUCCGCGUUUACUUGCAGAGGGGCCGCUGGCCGGGCGGCGGGCGCGGCCCGGGACAAUGCGGGCUUUGUUGGGCGGCGGGGGCUCCCUCGGGGGGCGGUGGCGGUCAGCGGGGCAGGAGAAAGCAUCGUGCCAGGCCGGAGGCGAAACGCGAGCGAGGGGUGAAGUUAGUGCCGGUGCACCACGGAGCGUGGUGAAUUGGGAGGAGGAAGAAGAGCUGCGCUUUGUAGCUGGCACGUAGAAAAGUCCCGGAUAGGUCUCGAGCUGACUGAAGGCGGGUUGGGGCACCGGCGGUGGUGUUUGUAGGCGAGAUUAUUACAUCGGGGUGCAGAGACUGUCUGAAGGAAGAGGCUCUGCGAGGCCGUGCUCGGUGCCGGGCACCCGUCUCGUUUAAGUGGCACGCCAUGGAUACCACCGGCCACAGCGUCCUCCUGCUCCAGCAGCUGAACAUGCAGCGGGAGUUUGGCUUUCUGUGCGACUGCACAGUUGCCAUUGGAGAUGUUUACUUCAAAGCCCACAGAGCGGUGCUCGCCGCGUUUUCAAACUAUUUUAAGAUGAUAUUUAUCCAUCAGACGAGCGAGUGCAUAAAGAUUCAGCCUGCAGACAUCCAGCCUGACAUAUUUAGUUACUUGUUGCAUAUCAUGUACACUGGGAAAGGGCCAAAGCAGACUGUCAGCCAGAGCCGGCUGGAGGAGGGCAUCCGCUUUCUCCAUGCAGACCACCUCUCCCACAUUGCCAUCGAGAUGAACCAAGUGUUCUCCCCAGAGCCCAUCCAGUCUUCGAACUUGUACGGCAUCCAGAUCUCGACCACGCACAAGCCGGCCAAGGAGCACCUGGGAGCCAAGGAGGGGCUGUCCAAGGCAGGCAGCAGGUCGGCUCCCCAGGGCGACCACCCGCAGCUGCAGCUCUCCCUGGCCAUCGGCCUAGACGAUCCCUCCGCUCAGCCCGCUGCUCACGCCAAGCCGGCCGAGGAGCGGCCCAAGCUCUCCGUCUCCAUAAAGCAGGAGCGGUGUGACUCGGAGCCUGCCGUGUCCCAGAGCUGCAGCCCUCCAUCUCCAGAGGCAGCCAGCCCCAGCUUCACUAAGGGCAGCCUCAAGGUGCACCUGUGUCACUACUGCGGGGAGCGGUUUGACUCCCGGGGAGGGCUGCGGCAGCACUUGCACACCCAUGUGUCGGGCUCGCUGCCCUUCGGCGUGCCGGCCUCCAUCCUGGAGAGCAGCGACCUGGGGCAGGUGCAGCCUCUGGCCGAGGACAGGGGGGCUGCGGAUGGCCACCGCUUUGGAGCCUUCCUCCUCAAGGAGGACGAGCAUCAGCUGGAGCACCUGAGCUGCGGCGACCUGGAGCCUCUGCAGAUCGGCCAGCUCUCCCUCAUCUCCAAGGACCACGAACCGAUGGAGCUGAACUGUAACUUUUCUUUCUCGAGAAAGAGAAAAGUCAGUUGCACCGUCUGCGGCCGCGCAUUCUUCCGCAAGAGCCAGCUGCUGGAACACAUGUACACUCACAGGGGCAAACAGCACAAGUACAGCCGCUGCCAGCGGCUCGAGAGCCCCACCACCCCCAGGUUCCAUCCUUACUGUGACAGCGAGAGCGUGGGGAAGAGCUCCAGCUUGUCCCAAGACCACUUAGAUGAAUGUAUACUGGAGUCAGAUCUCAUCCAAGAGAGCAUUGAUACUAUCCUGGUAGAGUAGUUCUCCCCCUGUGUAGCCUGUAGAUGCUAAAACUGGGUAUUUGGACAUUUUCCACCUAGUGAGCAGCUGCUCUCGGCAGCCACUUUCCUUCACCAUUCCCACCACCUCUGAGAUAACUGUGAAGAACCCUGUGCUUUGAUUUGUGUACUUGCUUUUCUACUUAACUUUUAAUCUCAAGCUAUUGUCCAUGCAAGUCCUUCUUGGAAGCCUCUGUGUAACUCACAUUUUUCCUAAAUGUAAACUCACUCCCCCCCUGCUUUACUAGAGGUGAAAUUGUAUCGCUGGGUGUGAGGCUUGAACGUUGUCUAAUAACGCUGCGUGGUGCUUAGGACUGUUUGUAUCCUGUAGAAUUGCUCUUCUGGAACUAGAUUGGGGCAAACGUAGAGGGAAAUGUGGGUUGUGUUUCCCAAGCAGUUUGCUUUUCAUUAAAAUAAAUAUCUCGAGGAGAUGAA